AGUCGCCAUUCGAUAGUCAUGUCACAGCGGCACUUCGUCACAUAAGUCAGAUUCAAACUUGAUGUGUGGGUGACUUACAUGCAUGUGGCCGUCACCAGACGGGGCAGCAAUCACCUUACGACAUGCUCUAGACACUGGCGUGGCCCAUUACCUUUCAGCCGACAUAUAAACUCGCCGAGUUGUCUAAUGGAGUUCAGCAGAUUGCGGUUGAUGUCUACAAUCUUUCAUGACGAAUCAUAGAAGUUCAAAUUGGAGGAACUUUUUCUGACGACUUAGUCAGACAUGCUUCGACUGGCAACAUGGCAGAUUCAAUUGGUGAAUACUCGGUCGAUCCGAUCAGAGCGUCGACUCUGUUAGAUCUCGAAGGUUGGGACGCGUCUGAGGGCUCAACGACUUCAACAUCACCCGAGGCAAGGAGGACUGGUCUAUGGAUUAGAGGGUUGGACACGCGUUUCCGAGCUCUUUGGCGUGGCGGAAGAGUCAUUGGGAUUGGAAUGGCUGAUGAUGUGGGAACUGCUGCCGGUCAAGGAAGGGCGUCUUUAUCCCUCCAUUUACUUGCCACAACGCUGCUGGCCGACUCAAAUCGUCUCCAAGCUCUCAAGGCACAGAGCCUUACAGCCACUCCAGAAGCCACGGAGCCAGAUUCAGCGACCGUCUACAUUGUGGCGCCUCACACCUAUCAGACAAUUCCCAUGCUUCAUGCUUUGCUGGCAAAAACACUCUCGGACUCACCCAUGGCCAUCGAGCUUCUGAAGGGAGUUCAGCUCUUGCAGUACUUUGACUUCGCUGGGCUCGCCGAGGCUGUUGCUGAGAUCAGUGACGCCGUGUAUCGGAGGACGCCAAAACACAGCAAGACUCGUUCGGCUCACGUACCAACCAAUGAUAUCGUGCUUGUUCUGGGGCUGGGCGAGACAAUGACAGCCACGCAGAGGCGAAGUGGACAUCUACAUGCCAAUGCCCUCCUUGCUGGGCUGACCAGAAACAUCGGGCAAUUGUCAAGGAUAUCCAGUGAUGUCUUGGUACUGGUCGAUGCUCCUAUUGAAGUUGGCGUGGUGCUUGCAAAUGAUGCAGGCCAACAAACUCCUCCGGCAAAGCGGUUUGCCUCAGGACUUGAGCUUUACUCUGCGUUCACAGGGCCUAGAGGUGAGAGCUUGAGACUUGUCUGUGGCAACGAGACACUGUCACGGACGUUGGAUGACGUCUUUGACAGCAUGGUUGUGGUUCAUAAUGGAUUUUCAAGGGUGAAAAAGCCGAACAACGAGCAAGGUAAAAGCCACGAACAGAUUAUUGAGGUCUAUCGCAUCGCCAUCAUGGAUUUACUCAGCAUACUUUUCCUUCUUAGUUGCCUAGUGGCACAUAUCAAAGCACGCUCUCACCUUCACGAGGUGAACACAAGUUAUGAGUAUUUCAAGGUGGUUGGGAGUUCUGGCGUUCCAGCCAUGCAUGCCGCAGUCCUACCACCUACGGGCAAAGUGGUCUUCCUAGACAAGGUCGAGGACUAUUCCGAACUUCGUCUACCAAAUCAGCGAUGGGCAUACUCCUCCAUCUACGAUCCGGAAACCCACAAGCUGAUCCCUUUAUCAGUCGCGACAAACCCAUUCUGCUGCGGUGGUUCGUUCUUGCCCGAUGGCAGACUGCUAGCGGUGGGAGGCAAUAACCCCCUACUUUGGCUGGACCCAACUGUGGAAGACGGCUUGGACGGUAUACGGUAUAUCUCGUCAGAGAACGGCAGCUACGAAUGGAAAGAGCCUGGAAAUAAGCUGGCAUCGAAGAGAUGGUAUGCUUCAGCACAGACGAUGUCUGAUGGAAAUGUGUUUGUUGCGGCCGGCAUUGUGAACGGAAUGACCCAGAACAAUUCCAGCAACAACAAUCCCACCUACGAGGUACUUGAUGGGAACGGCACCACUCAAGGGCAAAACAUACCAAUGGAUAUCCUGGUCGAAAACAUGCCGUAUUUCACGUACCCCUUCCUUCAUCUUCUGCCGGAUGGCUCGCUGUUUAUCUUUACCGAUCGGUCAUCAGAGAUCUUCAAUGUGACGGCAAACAGCACAAUCAAGUCCAUGCCUAACAUGCCGGGAAUGCACAGAACCUACCCCAACACCGGAGGAAGCGUAAUGCUACCACUGCACAAAGGCAAUAACUACGAACCGGAAGUCAUGAUUUGCGGUGGAGGUCAGACUCAAGCCAUUGACAGCCAGUGUGAUCCAACUUGUGGCAGGCUCCGACCAAUGAGUAGCAACCCAGAAUGGCAGAUGAGCUCAAUGCCAGAGCCUCGAGGGAUGGUGGAAGGCGUUUUGCUCCUCGAUGGCACGGUCUUGUGGCUGAAUGGUUGUCAAAGAGGCGCGCAAGGAUUUGGCCUGGCCACAUCUCCAGCUUUGCAGGCAUUGAUCUAUGAUCCAAGGCACAAUGCUUGGAAUGUUUCAGGAUGCACCACCAUCGCAAGACUCUAUCAUUCAGUCGCCUUGCUCCUCCUGGAUGGAACAGUCCUCGUUGCUGGUAGCAAUCCGAACGAAAUGCCAGUCAUGCAAAGCCAGGUCGAACCCAACAACCAAUACAAAGCAUUUCCCACCGAAUUCAGAAUCGAAAUAUAUACACCACCGUACCUGAGGGGAGACAACGCGACGAAGAGACCCACGAACAUCACCCUGUCAAGCCUUGAACUCAAUACGACUUCACAGUUGUCUGUCGACUUUGACUUGGAGAACGUAUUGACAAGCCUGGACGUUAUCUUGUACGCUGGAGGGUUUGUCACCCAUGCAGUACAUAUGGGUCAAGUGCUGGUUUACUUGGAUAACUAUGGCUAG